CGAAAUGUACUAAGCAGAAUCGCCAUGGUUGGUUAACUCAGGAUUGCAGACCUUUUCCAGUCCAAAGACGCCGGUUUGCCUAAUUUCGACGUUGAACAAUGGAAUGGCCCCGUUUAGUGGACCUUGAACUAGUGUACACAAAUCCCAUUUAAAAAUCAAGGAAUCGGGAACGAAGAUGCCUGAGGGAAAAAGUCGUUACUCGCAUUCCAACCGCGGCGGUUUGAAUUAAUUGAACCAUGACACGGGUACCCGUUACCAAAAUGAGUCAUCAAUCCUUCUACAUCGCUGUUGUUAUAAACGUACCUACCUACAACUAAAAGUGCCGGCGUUUUGUGCGUACCAAUUUUACAUGGCUACCGUCCUUUAUCUGGUUACCAUUUUUGUGUGCAUUCAAAUCGGUUACGCUUUGAAAUGUUACAAAUGCAAUUCGCAAACAAUGGACGGCUGCAAAAAAGGAUCCGAAAACCUACAGGAGACCAACUGCAGCUUGGAGCACCCCGAUUUUAAUCAGUUUUGUCUGCUAAAAUUCGUAUACGAUGAGCAACAGAAUAAGGAUAACGUUCUCUCUGGUUGCGAAAUUGCUGCCAAAUCGACAAUUUUGAGUACGAAUAUGACUCAGUGCCAAACUGAUGGAAGAUACAGGGUGAAAGAGUGUAUCGUUUGUGAUACCGAGCUGUGUAAUUACACCAAUACCGGUUCAAGCAAGAAAACGUCAAUUUUCUGUACUGCGGUGCUCUUUGUACUAUACAAUUUCCUUAGGUAACUGAUGUACUUCAGAAACUACUUAACACUGGUACCUCAACUACUUAAAUGCCAAUUAAUCUUUGUACAUAAUUGUAUUUUUGAACAAAAAACGGAUUUAUUUAUUAAACCAGUAGAUAUCGCCA